GGAAGACAGGGAACUUUAGAGGUCGGCUUCACUGCCUCACUAUCUGUCGUAUAAAUUGCAUCUCCCCCCCCUGUGGAUCACACACUUGACCAAUUGCGACGCGCAAGAGUCUGAUGGGCCAUUUGAAUUCAGCGAUCCUUUGUAGGUAGAUGUGGUACAUUGUAGCCUGUGGUAAUUAGUUGUCUGUGCGCGAGCGUGUGCGAGUGUGUUUGUGCGAAUGUGCGCUCCCAUGAUAGAAAGCCAAAGGAAGAAGAAUAAGGAGAAGAAGGAGAAGAGAGAGAGAGGUGGGAUCGGUGUGUGCCUUGUUGAAAUCCAGGUUGAAGCAAAUAGAUAGCCUGUGACAGAUCGAUCAGCACUUCGCGCUCGCUUUGUGGAUUUGAUGGAUCAGUGGAUGUGAUGCCCAUUUAUAUCAUCGACCGAAAAUUUCCCGACACAUCUGGUGAGUUGAUACAGCCGGCAGCUGAAGCAGGAGACCUGAGAAUGACAGAAACCAACCCCCCCAAGUCAGCUAAGAAGCCCCGCUGGACCUCCCUGGAGGUCGGCCUAACUACAAUCGUCUCCUUGCUCUUUAUCGUCAUCGUCGCCCUCAUCAUCCUCUUUGCCACACAGAAGACUGAGGAAAUUUGCACCACAGGUGACUGCACGCAAUCAGCGUCCCGCCUCAUUGAGAACAUGGAUCCUAGCGUGGACCCUUGUGAAAACUUCUACCAGUAUGCCUGUGGAGGCUGGCUGAAAAAGAACAUCAUCCCUGAGACCAGCUCUAGAUACAGCACCUUUGACAUCUUACGAGACGAACUGGAGGUUAUCCUCAAAGGUGUCCUUGAAAAAACAGUGGAAGGGGAAGCCACUGCUCUCACCAAGGCUAAGACCCUUUACAGGUCCUGUAUCAAUGAGAGUUUAAUUGAGCUCAGGGGAGGGGCUCCUUUGCUUGACAUGCUGCCUGAUGUGUAUGAGUGGCCCUUAGCUGUGGACAACUGGGAGAACAACUAUGGUAAAACAUGGAGGUUGGAGAACGUCAUUGCCAAGCUGAAUGAGAAAUAUGGAACUCAACUCUUGAUCAACUUUUUUGUCGGCACCGAUGACAGGGACUCCAAUUCAUACAUCAUUCAUUUUGACCAGCAGACAAACCUUGGCCUCUUAUCUAGAGAUUACUACGCUUGCACUGGACCCUAUGCAGAGGCAUGUCGGGCCUACGAGAAGUUCAUGAUUGACCUUGCCAAGCUGAUCCGCACUGACCGGGGAUUGGCGAUCAAUGAAACACGCAUCAGAGAGGAAGUGACACGAGUUAUGGACCUGGAGAGAGACAUCGCCAACGCUACCGAUACUCCAGAGGACCGCAACAACCCAGUGUUGCUUUACAACAAGAUGGAACUGGGUGAUCUGAACGCCAACUUCACCCUUGAGGUUGACUCGCAGGUAUUUGACUGGAGUAACUUCACAGCUAAGAUAAUGGAUACAGUCAACAUCAGUGUUUCUGACACAGAGAAGGUCAUAAACUACUCCCCCAACUAUUACAGAAGACUCAACCUUAUCUUGGCAAGAUACAACAAAAGGGAUCUGCAGAACUACCUGGUGUGGCGUUUUGCUAUGAACAUGGUGGUAGGCCUAAGCAGAUCUUACAGGGACACCAGAAAAGCCUUUCGCAAGGCUCUGUCUGGUACAACUUCAGAGGCAGCAGUGUGGCGACAGUGUGCACUUUACGUCAACAACAACAUGGACAAUGCUGUGGGACGACUGUAUGUGCAAGAGGCCUUCUCUGAAAAAAGCAAAGAACUGAUGGAGGAGAUGAUUAAAGACACGGAAGUCUUCAUUAGUAACCUUGAUGGACUGACCUGGAUGGAUUCAGAGACCAAGAAAGCAGCUGAGGAGAAGGCCCGAGCUAUUCGCGAAAGGAUUGGCUAUUCCGACAACAUAAUGGAUGACAAAUACCUAAACAAUGAGUACAAAGAUCUGGCCUACAGUGCAGAGGAGUACUUUGAAAACAUUCUACAGAACCUGGAGUAUGUGCAAAAGAAACGCCUGCGGAAACUCAGAGUCAAAGUCAACAAAGAGGAGUGGGUAACUGGAGCUGCUGUUGUCAACGCAUUCUACUCAUCCAGCAAAAACCAAAUAGUUUUCCCUGCAGGUAUCCUGCAGCCGCCAUUCUUCAGCAAAGGCCAGGCUAAAUCUCUCAACUAUGGUGGCAUCGGCAUGGUGAUCGGUCAUGAGAUCACACAUGGCUUUGAUGACAACGGUCGUAACUAUGAUAAAGAUGGUGAUCUGAAGGAUUGGUGGACACCAGAUUCCACUGAUAGGUUCCUGGACUUGUCGAAGUGUAUCGUCAAUCAGUAUGGCAACUUCUCCUGGGACCUGGCCAAUGGACUCCAUUUAAAUGGUAACAACACCCUCGGGGAGAACAUUGCUGACAAUGGAGGGAUACGGCAGGCAUUUCAGGCCUAUAAGAACUAUGUGGAAGAGCAUGGAGAGGAGCCAUCACUGCCAGGAAUUGACCUUUCCCACAAUCAACUCUUCUUCCUGAACUUUGCUCAGGUGUGGUGUGGAACGCACCGACCAGAGCAAGCUGUUAAUUCCAUUAAAGUAGAUGUACACAGUCCAGGGAAAUUCAGGGUACUGGGCUCCCUUCAGAAUUUCCCAGAAUUUGCCAAAGCAUUCAACUGCAAAAAGAACAGCAAGAUGUUCCCUGCCAACAUCUGCCGUGUGUGGUGAUCCACAGAACUCUGGGAUAGUGUCGUCCCUGUACCCCUGCAGUACCUCUCCCCUCUGACUGUUGGCGCACUCGUGGGGGGCUACAGGGAAGUGAAAGCUCCCCUUAGCUCUUUACUGAAUGGACCAAGGCUGGUGGAUUGACACUGCAGCAUGCACUUCCUCUGCAGAAAGCAGUGGACUGUACCCUCACGGACGGAUGGAGCACUGUUUCUUCGACUCUGAUACUGUAGUUCAUUCAAUCAGCUUGAGUAUUCCUCUACUCACUGGAUACAAUCACUCCUUCUGUUUGAUUUUUUUCAUCUUGUUUUACUCAUCAUUUGAGAGUAUGCCAAUGUGGGUGUGUGUGUGUUUGUGUGUGUGUGUGUGUGUGUGUGUGUAUGUGUUUCAGUCAAAAUACUGUACAAGUAGUUGUCAAGAGGGGGGCACACAGACAAAUGUGCUCAAAUUCACUGACACGAAUACACCACCCACCCAACCACCCUCAUACAGUACACAUGGAACAGGGCUAAACCACUGUUCUGUAUGUGGGACAGAGCUGUAUGCCUCUCAUUAAACCUCAGCUGGUUUCAGCCUUCAUCUACAUGCUGAUACACUCUACGAUGUAAUCAUAAUGUACUCUGUUAAUACUUAGAACUAGAUUAAGUAAAUUAUUACAGAAAAUCUGAAUUUAUUUUGCUGAAUAGACCAGUACGUUUUUAACCAUGAUAGCAUAUUACACAAUACUGUUAUAUAGUUAAUGAUAAUGACUUAACUGCAGUUGACAGGCAGCUGCUGCUCAUUAGCAGGCUUUCAAAUAAACCAAAACUUUGCCUUGAAGACAGAUGGUCAUGAAUCAUUGAACUGACAAUCGACAGUCACCAGACCGUUUUAUACAUUCACUGAGCCUCCUGUGUGUUUCUGCGUGGAUGUGUGUCUCUAUGUGUUUUCCAGUCUUUUUAAUUCGUUAUGAUCGCUACCUAUUGUUUGUCAAGCAAAUUGGCAUGCCUUACAUGAUCUGUUGUACUGCUGUGUCUGAGCGUGUCAAUGUGUAUUUGCAGGAGAAAAAAAGGAGAAACAAAAUGUGUCAUUGAAGCAAUAGUUUGACUUUUUCUUUGCUUUUCUUGCCAACUGUUACAUUAGAAGAUUAAUGCCACUCCCAUGUCUUUAGGCUACAGCCAGCAGGCGGUUAGCUUGGUUGAGCAUUAGGACUGGAAACACCUAGCCUGGCUUGGUCCAAAAGGUAAAGAACAAUGACAUGGAAAGCUCACUAAUAACCUGGUUACUUUUUGUUUGUUGAACCAGUACAGUACCAGUGUGGUUUUGCUUGGCGUUAUGUGUCGGACUGUUUCUUUGCUGAGAGCAGUGACUUCCUGGAGUCUUCGCCAGCUGCCCGCAACCUCAUGGUGAUGACAGGACUUGAGAACUUGGAGUCUGUACCCUUUUGUCUUUUUAUGGAUUCAAAUAAAUUGUGCUUGUAAGCAGAUUUGGUUUUACCUUUGGACGGUCAGGCUAGCUGUUUCCCCUGUUUCCAGCAGAACCAUCACUUGGCUGCUUUAUGUUAAAUAGACAUAUAUGAGUAGUAUCAAUAACCUCAACUAACUUUUGGCAAGAAGGUGAAUAAAUGUAUUACCCUUGUUGAACUAUUUAAGAAAAGUGUGGCGAGUUCUCAGUUUGAUCUUGGUCUAAUCACAGGAAGUGAGUCGAGCCAUCUAUUUUGAAUGUUUCUUUUACGCAUUGAAGCAAAAGUUAAUUGACAGACGAUGAAAUGACUCAGCUUUUGAAGGAUUUAUCUAUUUUAAACUGCAGGCUGACUCUUUGCUGGAAGUUAAUGCACCUCAUUCAACAGUGCAUGCAUUUUUCUGAAUGCAGAAGGUUGUAUCAGUAGAACACAGUUUCCAUGGUUUUGUAUGGCUUUAUUUUCUACGUUAAAGUGUAACUGAGGCUGUAACACAAGGUUCGUUAAUUGUGGAAAUUUUAGCCUUUGUCUUUUAUAUAGAAAUCAGGGCAAUGAAUGCUCCGCCUUGAUCAUGUAGACCACUUCUCCAGACAGUAUACAACACCCUCCAUGUCCUUUAUACAUUGAUAAUUCCUGUGUUCUGUUCUUCCCAUUGUUUGUGCAAGCUUUCUGUCUCUCUGUCACUGUUGCUCAGGCUUUCUUUCUUUCUGUCUCUCCCUCUCUUUCUCUCUUUCACACUCCACCUGUAGAAAGACAGAUAUACCUCAGUUGCCUGUAUUUAGAUACUUUAUAAUAUUUACUGAUAAUCAUCUUGAGGAGCAUUGUCUUUUCUUUCAAAAUAAAUCUUUAUAACA